AUGGGCUUGCAGCAGGAUUUGGACAUGGAUUCGAAUCAAUACGGUCUCAGCAUGAUGCUCCUUUUUAUUGCAUAUGUCAUGGCACAGCUUCCCUCGAACUACUACCUGGCAAGGGGACGCCCCUCAAUCUACCUCCCUGGCGUGAUGGUUCUUUGGGGGUGUGUAUGUACGGCCACCGCUUUCGUGAAGACUCCAUCGCAGUUAUAUGCGGUGCGCUUUAUUCUAGGUCUCCUGGAGGCACCGUUCUGUGCCGGCUGCCUUUUCCUCAUUUCGUCCUGGUAUACAAGAACUGAGCUUGGACUACGCAGUGCCAUAAUCUUAUCCGCGCCGAUGACAGCGAACGCUUUCUCUGGCCUUGUCGCUUUUGGAAUUUACGACACAAUUGAUGGAGCAAAAGGUCUCGAGGGUUGGCGCUGGCUGUUUAUUGUAGGCGGCGCCAGCACGGUUUUCAUUGCUGGGGUCGCUUUCUACGUCCUACCUGAUUUUCCGUUCAAUACUCGCUACCUCUCGGACAAAGAGCGGGCAGUUGCGCAGCUGCGAUUGAUCGCCGACGGUGUGCAGGUUGCUGAAAGGGACAACAGCCGCUGGCAAGGCCUCGUCAUGGCUGUGAGAAGCUGGCUGGUGUGGAUUUUCGCAGGGAUGUUCUUGCUCUUGUCGAUCGGUGCAUCAGUACACAACUUCUUCCCCUCAGUCGUAAACACACUUGGAUUCUCCAGAAAUACGACCUUGUGGAUGACAGCACCGCCGUACCUUAUUGCGGUUGUCGUCACCAUUGCCAACAGCCUAUUCGCCGACCGACAUCGCAACGCUUCCUUCCACGUUAUUGGGCCAGCAGCACUGGCAACCCUCGGCUUUUUGCUAUUCCUGCUCGAUCAAACGUCCACUCGACGCGGCGUGUGGAGUCGCUACGCCGCAGCAUUGCUCAUGGUCGUUGGAGCACAUUCUGGCUAUCCCGUGGUUCUCUCUUGGGCACAGAAGACAAUCCGCCAGCCUAAAGAGAUGCGAGCCUGCGCUAUCGCCAUUAUUAGUGCGUCUGGAAGCAUAUCACAGAUCAUCACUUCCGAACUGUAUCCGAACCGCUGGGCACCGAAGGGCUAUAUCUGUGCGAGCUCUGCAUUUUGGGCAAGUCAUGAAGCCAUUCGGUUUCGCCUCUCCUGCAUACGUGUACGAGUCGAGUUCAAGAACCCUUGCGUGGCCAAUAAUCGCGGUACAAUGUGGUGGGACCCGGUGCCACCGCUGUGCCCUUGCCCCUGGGUCGCAGGCAUCAUGUUUAAGGCCCCCGAUGGCCCCAUGGGGCCGAGAGUGGACGUUUCGACCACCGCAGAUGUCGAGUACUAG